GCAGCUGCGGGCACCAUGAGCGGCCGAGUCGGGGACCUGAGCCCUCAGCAGCAGGAGGCGCUGGCCAGGUUCCAGGACAACCUCCAGGACCUGCUGCCCACGCUGCCCAAUGCUGAUGAAUACUUUCUCCUGCGCUGGCUCCGAGCUUGGAACUUUGACCUGCAGAAAUCCGAGGACAUGCUCCAGAAGCACAUAGAGUUCCGGAAGCAACAGGACCUGGACAACAUCCUCAACUGGCAGCCCCCAGAGGUGAUCCAGCUGUAUGACUCUGGUGGUCUGAGUGGCUAUGACCAUGAAGGCUGCCCUGUGUGGUUCGACAUCAUUGGGACCCUUGACCCCAGGGGUCUUCUCCUGUCAGCCUCCAAGGAGGAGCUUAUCCGGAAGCGCAUCAAGGUCUGUGAGCUGCUUUUGCGGGAGUGUGAGCUGCAGAGUCAAAAGCUGGGCAGGAAGAUCGAGACGGUGGUGAUAGUGUUUGACCUGGAGGGGCUCAGCCUGAAACACCUGUGGAAGCCAGCUGUAGAGAUCUACCAGGAGUUUUUUGCCAUAUUGGAAGCAAAUUAUCCUGAGAUGCUGAAGAAUUUAAUUGGCAUUCGAGCCCCCAAGCUCUUCCCUGUGGCCUUCAACUUGGUCAAGGUAUUCAUGAGUGAGGAAACACAAAGGAAGAUAGUGAUUCUGGGAGGCAACUGGAAGCAGGAGCUGCAAAAGUUCAUCAGCCCUGACCAGCUGCCCAUGGAGUUUGGGGGGACCAUGACUGAUCCUGAUGGCAACCCCAAGUGCCUGACCAAGAUCAACUAUGGGGGUGAGGUGCCCAAGAGCUACUACCUGCGCAACCAGGUGAAGAUGCAGUAUGAGCACAAGAUAACUGUGGCCCGAGGCUCCUUUGUGCACGUGGAGAAUGAAAUCCUAUUCCCGGGCUGUGUGCUCAGGUGGCAGUUUGCAUCACAUGGGGCAGACAUCGGCUUUGGGGUUUUCCUGAAGACCAGGAUGGGGGAGCGGAAGCGGAUAGGGGAAAUGGUGGAGGUGCUCCCCAUCCGGCGCUACAAAGCCCACCUGGUACCUGAGGACGGGAGCCUCACCUGCCUCAAGCCUGGCGUCUAUGUUCUGCGCUUUGACAACACCUACAGUCUGAUACACAUCAAGAAGGUCAGCUACACUGUGGAGGUGCUGCUCCCAGACAAGGCCUCUGAGGAGAAGAUUCAGGGUCUUGAGGCAAGGAGACCAUCUCCAGUGCAAUGA